AUAUUCAGCAGCAUUUGUGCGGUGCGCGAACCUGAUUGAUGUUAAUGGAUGUACCGAGCACAAAUACUUGGCUAAAUAGAUAACUUUCGACCAAAGUAAUUUCCCUACACUUAUUUCAAAACUCAGAGGUUCUUUUCAGUAGAAUAAAAAACAAUGCAACUAGAAAAAUUGCUGCAUGCAACCAAUGCCAUUCCUUUUAUUGUAACUGCAAAAUUAACUGUGUACGUUGUUUACGUUUCUUUGCGAAACGCAUGUGCGUGAAUGUCAACAAUAUAUUUUAAAACUAGAACGUAAAACAUUUUUGAAUAGGUGUUUUUUUUCCUCCUGCUUCCAAAAUGAAAACCAAAAAGAAGAUUAAGAAAUCAAAAGUUCAUCUCGUGUUUGAUGAAAAGGACAGAGUGAAUUUUUUGACUGGUUUUGCAAAAAGAAAAAUGGAACGAAAGAUGAAAGCGAAGCAAAAACUAGAAUCACGCCUUAAAGAGGAGAAGAAGAGGAUUAUGCAAAGUCAAAAGGAAGCUUUGCGGGAAGCAAUAAUGAAUCAGCGAGGAGUUCCAGAAAUUGAGCAUUUGUUGAACCCUGUAACAUAUGACCUUCCCAAUCAUACUGUUACAAUCAGUGAAAUAGAAACUCAAACUGUAAUGCCUUUGAUUUCAACUUCCAAAGCCACAUCAGAAGAAUUGCCAACUGUUCCAAAAACAAAGAAAAAAGUUGAUGAAGUUGAGAAAAUACGAAAGCUUAUUAAAGACUUGAAGACCAAAAGAAUCAAUGCCCUGAAAAAAAGCUCAACACAAUUCUCUGUCAAAAUGCUUCAGAAAAAAAAGGACAGAAUAAAAGCUAAAAGGAUGAGAAAACAAAUGGAAAAGAGUUUAAAAGGUGCUAAAAAGAAGCAUAAAAAGAAAGAAAAGUAACUGUAAAUAAAUAAUUUUAAAUAAAUAUCUAUUUGUUUCUUGUAA